UUAGGUGUGUCAUAUAUCUUUACAAUGGUUGGAAAUAUAUUGUAUUGAUGCACGAAGACAAUUUAUUGUACUGUUACUGUUGUUUAAACGCCUGUACAUUUCAAACUAUUAAGUUUUUGGAGGUACGUGGUUCGCCGUAGAUCGUGUCACUGACGUCAUCAGUAUAGCUUCCGGUCCCUGUUGAAGCGACCGUUUAGCUCGCUACAUUGUUGCCUCGAAAUCGUACUGGACAGAUUUUUUAACAAUUGAAAUUAAUCACAAGACAUGUCAUUCUAUAAUACUCAGUAAGUUACUUUCCCCCCUCGUAUCUGUCACCGUAAUACAACGCAGGUGAUCUAACGCUAAACCGACAGUGGCCAUAGCUAGUUCGUAAACAGACGCCGUAGUGACAAUCAGUUAUUGCAUGCGUGGAGGUUUGGCAAUGAAUUGUCGAUCAGAGCUGCUUGAGGUUACAGUGGAGGCGAGGCAGGUUGAAGAAGCAAUGCUGUCUUUACUUCACACAAUUUUACUGCACCGCAGCACUGGAAAGUUUCACUAUAAAAAGGAAGGUACCUACUCUAUCGGCACAGUUGGCACCGUGGACAUCGACUGCGACUUCAUCGACUUCACUUUUGUAAGAAUUUCAUCCGAGGAGCUUGACAGGGUGAUCAGAAAAGCUGUAUCCGAAUUCAAGGACGCUUUGAGCAUCUCUGGAAGCGAUGGCAUCGGUCAGAUUUCCCUGGAGUUCUUCCAGAAGAAGAAGUCUCGUUGGCCUUUUUCUGACGAGUGUAUUCCCUGGGAGGUGUGGAGCAUCAAAGUCAAUGUCGUCAACUUGGCAAAUGAGCAGGAGAGGCAGAUCUGCAGAGAGAAAGUUGGCGAAAAACUCGGCGAGAAGGUGAUCAACGUUGUUGAGGUCAUCAAUCGCCACGAGUAUCUGCCAAAGAUGCCCACGCAAUCCGAAGUGGACAAUGUGUUUGACACCAGUUUGAGAGAAGUCCAGCCUUACCUCUAUAAGAUCACAUACCAAAUCACUGACACUCUCGGUACAUCUGUGAGUACCACCAUGAGAAGGCUGAUCAAAGAUACCUUGGCACUGUGAAGUUAACCCGUCUCCCACUACACACAAAUCCAACCGUUAGGAAAAGGACAGGCACUUACAAAGUGGAGUGUGAAUCAUAAAAAGUAGGUGUGCGAUAGACUAAAAUGUUAGUUGGAUAGGAUUGCUCAAACCAGUCACGACUGAAAUCCAUCAUUUCCAUGUACCAAAUCUCUGGUCUUUUAAAGUAGAAACAUUGUCCCAUUCAAAACUGCUUUCCUUUACAAUCUUUUCAUCAUUACCUUAUGGCACAUUUGUAGGUUUCCCUUUGUCCCCUCACGGGAUACUCUCUUUGGUCAUUUUUUGCGUACAUUUCACAAGUGUAUUACUGCAAAGCAUGACAUGGAUUUCCAGAUUAUCUUCCUUUUGUUCACAAGAUGUGCAUUGGUUGUAAUUAUAACACAACGGUGCAGUUUUUAUGUCAAAUCCACACAUCGUGGUACAAGGCUAAGCAUAGAUUAAGUACUUUUCUCCAUAAAUGGUUUUUGAUUACAAAAUAAUUGUACAUUUAGGUAAUUCCUUAUCGCAAACACCUUCCUGAAAUGCAACCUUAACAGUAAUAGCGCUUUGAAUAUUCUAUUGGAUUCUGCUGCCUUUAAAUAUGACAUGUAAUUUGGUGUAAAUAAAAUGUUUUCUCUUGACGUGGAUGCUUUUUCCCAAAAUUGUACCCAUGGACAAUUUACAGCUAUUUAUUUUUAAAGGUAUGGUUAACAAGAACAAGAGAGGUGUACUCAUGCAUGUGAAACUUUCCACUACACACAUACACGGAAAUUAUGAUUAUGGAGGUAUGAAAACACUCCUGCAACCCUUGUGAGGAUAAGCAGCUUGGAAGAUGGACAAAUGGAAAACAUUUUUCCCCCAGUAUGUUUUCCAAAUAAAGGCAACAAUUCCUUAGCUCCACUUUGUAGUUUCCAGGCCACAUUAGCCCAUACCCCCCCUAGCUCAAGGUUAUCUGCUAACAGGACAUGUUGUUUCAUUCACUAUUUGAUUAGUAUAUAAAGUGCCACAUUGUGGCGUUAAUCUUACAUUUACCUCUAUGCGUGUUACAUUUAGAAAAGCUCAUGAGUUUUGAUCUGUUAAACACCCCAAAAAAGAACAUGCACCCAAUGAAAAAUGAAAUGUUGGUUAAAAGGUACUGUCCUGUUUAGACGAUUCAUGUUGUAGAGCAUCAACACACAUUGUGAAAUUUAAUACAAAUGUUUACAUUGUGUCAGAUACAAUGUAACUCUUGAUUAAAGAGAUAAAGCACAAAAACUACAAAAAACUAACCACAAAAACAGUUGCAAAAAAGCAAAAACACAAUCAACGCUGAUACAAAUAUUAUUGCAAGUCGAGCACAGGUGUACUAAAAACUUUGACAAAAUUGGUACAAAACUUUAGAAACACACCCAUGUACACAACCUCAAUUAUUUCUAUGAACAGUACAGAACGUGUUUCUCACAACGAAUUUAAGAGCACUGAGUCAAUACCACAAUAAAAAGCUUUUGAGAUGUCACCAUUUACCCCCCCCCCAAAAAAAAAAAAAAUCUGAGAUUUUCCAUUGAAUUUAAUAUUCAUUGAAUGAAGUCACUAAUCUAGUUAAAAUACAUAUUGAUCGAGCUCCCACAUGAAAAAAUCUCUUAAUAAACAGCAAGCAGACAAUAUGCAUGCAAACAAAAUAUGUGAGCUGGCAGACAAGAUGCACGAUGCCAGGGUGGACAUUUCUAUGGACCGUCACUUAACGUCAUUCAGUUAGCAAGUGGUACUGUUAAAUAUAUUUCUCAUUUCAGAUUUUUUUUUUUUAAAUAAUUGAUUUCACCGAUAGUGGACAUGUUGAGUAUCACAACAUCCAACUACACAUGAAAAUUACAAAAGUGCAAAUACUCAAUCUGUAUUUAGUCAACAUUUCAACCUCCAUUAAAAGACAACACGCAGUAGUGAUGUCACUGAAAUAUUAAUGCAGUCUUAAAAGAAUCCUAUCCGGCACAACAAUGUUUGUCUUGCCACAGUGGGACGCUCUUUGAAAUCAGUAACUCCCAAAUGUGUCAACAUUUUACAAUCAAGCCAAAGCAGAAGUAAAUGUACGUACUUGUACUCGAAUAAACUGUGAAACAUCUAGGCUACAAUCAAAACACAAUCAACAGAGACUUUAGGGAGCAGGAAAAUGUACCUCAUGAGAAUUAGAGUGCCUCACGGUUCCUGAUGUUACCACCUGAGUAAAGUUAUCGUGCCACCUAAUAUUAUUAAAAAAGCAUUAAGUCGUAUAAACUUUUGCUUGAACAAACACUAGUCACACGAGGAAGGCAGUCACUCACGGUGGUAGCCUGUGGAUAUCAAAUUAGCGUUCACCAUGUUUCUUGUUAUCAGUUUCAAGUCUAGUAGAUAUGAGGAAAGCCAAGGUCCAGAAUUGUUACAUUAUCUAUUAUCAGGUAAGUAUCCAAUAUUAAUGGCACAUUUUCUAUUGUUAUUUGUUUGCACUCAUUUUUAUCAUAAUGAAUGCAAAUGCGUAAAUGGUAAACCGGCAGAACUUCUACAAGGUGCAGUGCAAAAGUAUUGGCCACCUUCUCAAAUUCUUACAAUUUGGAGUUUGCCCCCAAUUUAAGAUAAUCCAACACAAUGAUCCCCAACCAAUGUGUCGUGGACCAUUUGUGUGCCAUGAGAGCUCUUCUGGUGUGCCAUGGAAAAUUAUCAAAUUUCACUCAAUUGGUCAAAAUAUUUAUUGACAAGUAACGUAUCUUUGUUCAUCUAUCUAUGGCAGCGACAUAUGAAAACUAAAGAAAUAAAUGCUCUUCUAUUUUACACCCUUGUGAAAUCAAUUAAUUGUGGCAAUUCACAUUUUUGGGUUUUCCACUGAUUACGUCCAAUCCUACCUCGAGACCUGUUCAGUUUAAAAAAAAAAAAAAAAACACUUAGAAAGUCAGACAAAAGAUCUAAAAUAAAGCUGCAACAAAAUGUCACGACAGCAGUCGAGAAUUAAAAGUAAUUGACAUCUACCAGUCCGGUAGAUCGUUGGCUUCACAGUUCUGGAGGACUGUGGUUCAAAUCCCAGCCCCACCUGUGUAGGGUUUGCAUGUUCCCCCAUGCAUGUGUGGGUUUCCUCCCACAUCCCAAAAACAUAUGUGGAUCGGAGACUCUAAAUUGCCCCUAGGUGUGAUUGUGAGUGCAACUAUUAUCUGCCUUCCAUAUGCCCUGCGAUUGGCUGGCAACCAGUUAAGGGUGUACUCUGCCUCCUGCCCAAUGACAGCUGGGAUAGGCGGCGGUACUCCUGCGACGCUUGUGAGGAUAAACUGAUCAGAAAAUACAUGGAUGGAUCUGUCCUGAAAGGGUUACAAAAGCCAUAUCUAAAAAAUUAAGAUUCCAGUGAACCACGGAGAGAGCCAUUAUCCUCACAUGGAAAAAAAAAAAUGGAAAUAGUGGUGGACUUUCCCAAGAGUGUUUUUGUUUUCCCCUUAAUAAAUGAAAUCAUUUAAAAACAGCACACUUGGGUUCUAUUUGUCUAGUUACAUGUUUGAUGAUCUGUAAGUGUAGUGGGAAACCAUGUCAACGUAAGAAGUUGAGAAGGGGGCAAUACUUUUUCCCGGCACUGUAGCACCUCCCUUUAAAUCUCUUACACAGUAUCAAGAAGUCCACUACAUUACUCAGUAGUACCUGAACUGAAUGGAGCUAUGCCUUUGAUGCCUUGUAAAUUAAUAACCCAUGAUGACCUAUUAAUCAAAAGAUUAAAAAAAAAAAAGUUAGUGACACACAUCAAAGAUUCACGAGCUCCAGUCAAAUACUCUGCAAAGUAGAGGACCACAAACAACUUCUCAAUCAAUGCCACUUUCGAUGAGAACGAAUUUCUAGUUGGUACAACGUGCAAAAUCAGACCUGCUUAAAUUGUACAAACACAUCAUUAUCAGCUAAUUAAUAUUUAGGAAGAUAAAUUAGCAGUGACUGUAACCUGGUUUCUCUCUAUAUCAGUAUUUUGAAAUGCUUGAACAACCUGAGACGUUUUGGUGUACAUUGAUGUUUGAUAUGUGCUGCUGUUACAUUAAGGUACUACAGUAAUAAAGUUCAUGUAAUAAAUUGGUGUGAAGAAAGUGAAUAGCAAUAAGGUAUAUGCAUCAGUCCUCAUCACAACUGUACAAUUCAAACAGUUUUGAACAUGUCCACAUCUCCCGAGUUAUAUAUAAAGGCAAAAAAGUGCAUGACGUGAAGCAAAGAAUCUUUAAGGGUCAUAACACCUCGAAAACUGGUACAACAGCAAAAGCACGAACCAAUCUUUGAACUGCAGCAGAUAAACAUUUAUGCAGAAAACUGCAUGUAAUCAUACCCCCAUCCAUACGCACUGAAGUCACAUGUGGUACUCUUGCGCUCUUAAAACACCUAUACAUACAUGUAAAUACAAUUAGGCGACUACAAGUUGAACUAGAUAGUUUAGGACUGAAAAUAAUACAUCUUCAAAAACCCUAAAUUAUCCGGAAGUCGCUUUCACAUUCAUGUUUAUACAGAGUAUUAGGGUCACACUAAAAUAAAUAAAUUAGAAAAGGACCAAAAAAAAGUU